CCUGCUCAUCAUCCAUCCUGGCUGCCCGCAUGUGCAACAACGCUGCUGACGUAACACAGAUCCAUCCCCAAUCAGGACUCCAUACUGCCGCUUGGACCUCGCAGCUACCACUCGACCUGCAACAUCACCACCCUACCUACACCGUCUCCACCACCUGCACCGACUUGAUACCCCCCUCAACAAAUCAGCCAGAGCCCGUGAAUCGCAUCCGCCAUGUCGCAGAUUCACGCCAUGUCCGACGACCAGGUUGCCGGGGAGCUGAGGAAGAUGACUGCUUUCAUCAAGCAGGAAGCUCAAGAGAAAGCCAAUGAGAUCCGCCUCAAGGCCGAUGAAGAGUUCGCCAUAGAGAAGUCGAAGCUGGUCCGCCAGGAAACCUCAUCGAUCGAUUCCUCCUACGAGAAGAAGUUCAAGCAGGCCAGCAUGUCUCAGCAGAUCACCCGCUCCACCGUUGCCAACAAGUCACGAUUACGAAUUCUUUCUGCUCGCCAGGAACUUCUAGACAACUUGUUCGAAGAUGCGCGGAAGAAGUUGGGCAACGUUUCCAAGGACAAGAAAAAGUACCAGACCGUCCUUCAGAACUUGAUACUCGAGGGCGCCUAUGCUCUGAACGAGGACAAGUUGCAAGUCAAGGCCCGCAAGGCAGAUUAUGAAGUGGUCAAGAAGGCGAUCGAGGAUGCGCAGACUGAGUACAAGAAGAAGGUGAACAAGGAGGUCUCUAUCUCGAUAGAUGAGAGUGACCCGCUCCCACAAGAAUCGGCUGGUGGUGUGAGCAUUUCGGGAACAGGUGGAAGAAUUGAUAUCAACAACACCUUGGAAGAGCGAUUGAGGCUUCUUGAGACUGAUGCUUUGCCGUCGAUCAGGGUCACGCUGUUCGGCGAGAACCAGAACAGGAGGUUCCACGAUUGA